UAGCAGCAAGAAAAGUGAAGUUCACUUUCACGAACGUUACACAACAACAAAUAUUAUCAGCGUGGCGUAGUUAUAUCUGUUUUAAGAAAAAAAUGACUGCAGAAGGAAACAGCUAUGAAACUAAAGUUGCACUGGUUGAGAGUAACAGUCGGCCCACUGGUCACCAGCUAGUGAACACUUACAUGACGAACAGAAAUGCUGACCCAAUGGACCUUGUGGAGCUGGCUAGACAAGUUCAGACGGCAGAUGAAUUCACAAAGGCGACAUGUGGCAGUAAACUGAUGGUGAUUGCUGAUCAGAUCCGAUAUCUCCAAGAACAGGCCAAGAAGGUUUUGGAAGAAGCGAAGCGAGAUGCGAUGAUGCACCAUGCUGCUUGUAACCUCGUGAAGAAGCCGGGCCAGAUCUAUUACCUUUACGAGCGUGAAUCAGGACAGAAGUACUUCUCCAUUCUAUCUCCACAGGAAUGGGGAGCUAGCUGUCCACACGAGUUUAUCGGAGCUUUCAAACUGGAACACGACAUGAGUUGGACGCCAUACGAUAAAAUUGAGCAGAGAUCGCAAGACUUUGCUUUCAUCAACAAGGUUAUGAACGCACAACAUGCUCUUGUAGACGCGGAGGCACCAAAUUUCAAGGGAUUGACAUUGGAAUCCAGAAACAGCUCUUCUGUAAAGUUGACUGACCUGCCAAGUUAAAAGGCUUUCCGUAUGAUGUGUUUCAAAUGUUGGAAGGUGGUGUUUGUAGAAAAUUUCUGUGAUGUAAAAUAUUUAACUUUUGUCUAAAUUUCCGAAGAUUUUGCAUUGAAUUUCUGAAUUUCAUAACGUACCAUGUUGUGAUAGAAAAUAUGGAUUUUCUUAAUGCUUUAUCUAUUGCUUAGAAAUGUUCAUUUUACAUUUAUUUGUACAUGUAUAUAUCUUUUAAUUUGUCUUUUAAAAAAUCAAUUUACUUUUCCCUUUAGUUGCUUAAUAAUGAAAUUGGACAGAGAAAUCAACUUGUUUUAUCAUUUUAAAUUUAACAAACUGUGAUUUAUCAUAUUUAAAUUGAUUCUUUAUUAAAAUUCAUGUUAUUUUGCAAUGUAUUUUUUUUUCAAACAUACUUGAUGAUAAACUUGAGUUUAUCAUUAAUAUAAUGAAAAUCUUGCUAGUUUCUGUGAAACUUUUAAAGGGGUGAAUUGUUAUGGACAUGUAUUAUGUAGGCUUUAUAUAGCUAGUUGUUAAAAAGUGUAAAUGUCUUAAUGUGCAACUAUAAGCAAGAUGGGGGUCAUUCUAUCAACAAGCAUUUUGAUGGCCUCACUUCCAAAUGUCCAAGGUACAAAACUCCAUGUUUUCCGAAGAAAAGUUUUUAGUAUUUAAUCUUGGUAAUUUGAUCACACAUUUUUUUUUUACAAAAUGCUGAAGUUACUUUUUUUUUGUUACAAUUUCUGAAGGUUCGGCAUUUUUGCUUCUCUGUGAGAUGUCCAAUCACUGCUUGACACUUUGAUCACGUGAUACAACACCAUUUUCUCAUUGGACUAUUUACUCGGCAUUUUGCAGUUAGAUGUUGCUCACCUUUAUGAUUUUAGUGAUGUAAAAUUUCUGAAAAAGAAUAAAAUGCAGCUUCAGCAUUUUGAUGUGAGGCCAUCGAUAUAGUACAAUCAAUUUUGUUUUAUUCUUAUUAGUUUUAGCACAUUAUAUUUAAAAAAAACAUUUGGUUGGAUAAGAAGUUUCACUAUUUUUUUUUCAAUUAGUGAAUUAACAUUUUAAUUUGAUUUUUGGCUCUUGUCAAGUAAUUGUUCAAAUGACAAAUGUUCGAUUAUUUGUAUGUAAACUCGUUGAUAAGAUGAAGUCAAUAUGUACAGUGUUUCUAUUAUGACUUAAAUGUGGUUUUAGUGUUUCAAUUAUGAAUGAAAAAAUGUUUUUAUGUUUUACGGCUAAAUUAUCAUUAUUUGUGUACAAAAUAUGUGGAAUUGAAAUGAUUUAUAAUGUAACAUAUUAAAAUACUGUCAAUGUUUUUUUUGUUAAAUUAAUUUUAAGCUCUAAUAAAAAAGUCAAGGUAUUGUUAAGGCAUUGUUGUCAUUGCAGCACAAAAACUUUUAAUCUCUGCCAUUACUCAAAAAACAAUCAAUAUAUUCCAAUAGAACUUGGUACAUAUGUUGCCAGAGACAAUGCACAUCUGUAUAGCAAGGCCCAUAACUCUGACUUUAAUAUUUGUUGAGUGACGCCUUAUAUUUGACUGAAUAAACGACAACAGAUGGGUAUUGACAUUCACUCCACUGCGCACUUGUUAUAUAUAUGCAAAUAACCAAUUGUGUUUGCCCAUGUGCAUCUUGAUUCUUGUUUAGUACAUGUAAGUUGCAAUGUACAUGUUUAAAUGCCUGGCCCCAAUAUUACGAUAUUAUUUAGUAAAUUUUCAGUACCAAUCUCAUAUCAAUUUAUCAUAUAUAAUUGUGUACCAUUAUGUUUCACACUUUUUAGAAGUGCAUUCAUUUAUAGAAAUUGUUGAUUUAAACCAUAGUCAAGCUUCAAAAGAAAAAAUAUUCUACAGUAAAAAAUGUAAUUGAGUAGAACUGAUUGUUUUAGUCACAAAACAUAUUUUUUGCUCUAGAAUUAGUUUUCUUUGAAAUAUUAACAUAUUUUGUUAGAAAGUAUGUUUUAAAAAGAGUGAUACAUUCACAAUUUUAUAUAAAACUUUGCCUCUUUUAUGUGAUAAAAUGAGUUGAGAUUGAGAUUUGACUCGAGUAUUUUCUAUAAUAUUGAGACAAGUACCCUGAAACCUUCUGUAAGAGUUUGUGAUAGUAUGAUGGUGUGGAGAUUUGAAAUUGUCUGUUGGGGAUUGUUUAUUGUUUCAAUGCUAAUUUUAAUCCUUGCAAAAAUAAAUUAAUGGCAGAAAAUGUCACUGAAAUAAAGCAAUUUACUACCGUUAUAGACAGCACCUGUAAAAGAUAGAAUUGUUUAUUUUCUCCAGAAAAUGUAUUAGUUGGUCUCAAAAGAAUAAGGUACACCAUCGGACAGCACCAGGAAGAGAUAGAAUUGUUUAUUUUCUCCAGUAAAUGGAUAAGCUGGUCUCAAAAGAAUAAAGUACACCAUCAGACAGCACCUGUAAGAGAUAGAAUUGUUUAUUUUCUCCAGAAAAUGUAUUACCUAAUCUCAAAAAAUAUAGUACACCCUCCUUUAAGUAUUUAUCUAUGUGUAGAAUAUUUGUGUUUAGCAUUAUAUACAUGUAAGCUGUUUCAUUUAAUUUUCUUUUACCUUCAUUUACAUGUUUGUUUGCAUAUAUAAAUCAGGGAAUAUUAAACAAUAUAUAAUA